UUUUCCCUAAAGAAAGAAAUCCCAGAAAAGUAGGAAAAAAAUCAAACAAACCAAACAAUAAAAUUCAAUUAAACGACGAGUCGACGACUCGCGUCUCCACCGAGCCGCCGCCGCCGUAUAAAUCGCUCCCCCCUUUUUUUUCUUGGCUUCUCUUAAAUAUUGAUUUCCGUUUAAUCAUAAUUCUGAUUCUUUCUAAUCACUUGCGAUCCGAUCCGAAUGUACGAUUCGAAAUCAUCCCUCCUGUUCUUUCUUACCAUUUCAUUGCUCUCCUUUUGCGAUGCGGAUUCGGGUCGGAAAUGCUCCAAUAAGAGCUCCCUCAUCGGGUUCGAAUCGAAUUUCACGAUGGUCCAGCAUCAACUGCGAGGCCAUCUCAAGAUCCUCGACGAUUGCUCUUUCCAAGUCACAAGAUUUGACAUGUUAGCCGGUUCAUCCGACGUCGUUUUCUGGGGCGCCGUCUCCGUCGAUUUCUCUAACAUCACCCGUGGGUUCCCGAUAUCCGAUCACCGCUUCAACCAAACAACUUACAGAAACGAAUCGUUUUUGGUUCAAUUACUCCCCAAUGUCACCUGGGACCAGAUUAAGGUUCUCUCCGUCUGGGAUGUCACUACCUUCUCGGACUUCGGCCACGUUAGCCUCCCCAUGAACGGGUCGGAUUCAGAUCCAAGCCGGGUAUAUACAAUGUUCGAUAACUGCAAGAACUUGUCCGAUAAUUAUAGGGUUCGGUGGAGUUUGAAUGUGGAAAAAAAUUGGAUCGAGGUCGGUUUAGAAGCGGCAACGAAGACCAUGAAUUACAUGGCGUUUGGGUGGGCGAAUCCGAAUGCAACCAAGGAACUGAUGUUGGGAGCCGACGUCUCCGUAACGGCUUUUACUGAGGAAGGUAGGCCCUUUGUUGAUGAUUUUUACAUUACCAGUUAUAGUGAAUGCAUGUUCCAUGGUAAAGAUGGUUCAGCUAUAGGUGUUUGUCCUGAUGUAGUUUAUGAGAACUCCACAAAUGGCAGGGAGUUAAAUAAUACUAGGCUGGUUUAUGGACAUAGGAGAGACGGGGUUUCCUUUAUUAGGUUUAGGAAACCGUUGAAAUCUGACGAUGAUAAAUAUGAUUUGCCUGUGGAUCCUAUGGAGGAAAUGGCUGUUAUUUGGGCUUUAGGGUUGAUGAAACCGCCUGAUACUAUUCGACCAUACUAUUUGCCCCAAAAUCAUGGGGGUCCAAAAAUGGUUGCAUUUGGAGAUUUGGUGCUUAAUGUUUCAGAGAACGUGGAUGAUUGUUUUGGGCCAUUGGAUGCGGAUGAUAAGGAGGACCAAGAUUUGAUUAUCGCUGAUGCAAAUGUGCCCCUAGUUGUUACAACAGGGGAGUCUUUGCAUUAUCCAUAUCCACCGAAUCCAUCUAAGGUUUUGUAUAUUAAUAAGAAGGAAGCUCCAGUUUUGAGAGUGGAAAGAGGGGUUCCAGUGAAGUUCUCGGUGCAGACAGGGCAUGAUGUUGCUUUGUAUAUUACUUCUGAUUAUAUAGGUGGAAAUGCAACGUUGAGGAAUGCAACCGAGACUAUUUAUUCUGGAGGGCCGGAAGCAGAAGGAGUUGUAGCAAGCCCUUACGAAUUGGUUUGGGAUCCUGAUAGGAAUACCCCUGAUCAAGUGUUUUAUCAGUCAUUAUACCAGCCAAAGAUGGGGUGGAGAGUUGAAGUGGUUGAUGGUGGUCUUUCUGAUAUGUAUAACAAUAGUGUGUUUCUUGAUGAUCAGCAAGUUACUUUCUUUUGGACAUUAUCAGAAGAUUCAAUAUCUAUUGCUGCUCGUGGUGUAAAGAAGAGCGGCUAUCUUGCAAUAGCUUUUGGUAGUGAAAUGGUGAAUAGCUAUGGUUAUGUGGGUUGGGUUGAUGAUAUUGGUAAAGGGCGUCUAAAUACAUAUUGGAUUGAUGGAAAGGAUGUUUCUAAUGUGCAUCAAACGAAUGAGAACAUGACACAUGUCAGGUGCAAGUCAGAAAAUGGCAUCAUUACUUUGGAAUUCACACGUCCCUUGAAGCCAUCAUGCAGUAGUCAUGAUAAGAAGCCAGAGUGCAAGAACAUUCUUGAUUCAACAACUCCUCUUAGAGUAAUUUGGGCAAUGGGUGCCAAGUGGUCUGAGCAUCUUAGUGAGAGAAAUAUGCAUUCUGUCACGAGUCAAAGACCCGUGCGUGUGAUGCUUACGCGUGGUUCUUCUGAGGCUGAGCAAGAUUUGCGACCGGUCUUAGCUGUACAUGGAUUUAUGAUGUUCGUUGCUUGGGGUAUUCUAUUUCCGGGAGGAAUAUUAGCUGCUAGAUACCUUAAACAUGUAAAAGGUGAUGGAUGGUACCGAAUUCACAUUUACCUACAGUAUUCUGGACUAUCCAUUGUCCUACUUGCUGUUCUUUUUGCUGUUGCUGAACUUCAUGGUUUCUUUGUUAGCUCAUUACAUGUCAAGUUUGGGAUCGCUGCUAUAUUUUUGGCCUUUGUGCAACCAGUGAAUGCAUACCUCAGGCCUAAGAAAUCUGAUAAUGGUGAGAAGGCUUCCUCAAAGAGGAUUAUUUGGGAGUAUUUCCAUGUAAAUGUGGGCAGAGGUGCCAUUGUUGUAGGAAUUGCUGCUCUUUUCACUGGAAUGAAGCAUUUAGGAGAAAGAUAUAAAGGAGGAAAUGUCCAUGGACUUAGCUGGGCAUUAAUGAUUUGGUUCGUGGUUGGUGCAUUGAUGGUCAUUUAUUUGGAGUAUUGUGAAAGAAAGCAGAGGAGGAACCGGCUUUUAGGAAGGGGAAAUUGGGUCCUCGGCAACAUUGAAGAAGAGGAUUCUGUUGACCUUCUAAACCCAAACCACGCCUCCACACUUUCAAGUCCACAGAAUUCUGGACUAAUGGAAGUUCAGUUAGAGCCAUUGAACAGAUAAAUUUAGUGAUACAUAUAUUUUUCUGUUUGAAUAUAAAAGUAUAAUUCUUCACCAGUUUCGGAAGUCUCCUACAAGCAUCGAGUAUAGCAGAGCUGUUUCUUCUCUUGAGCGGCUUUCUCCAAGAUGAGUACCAUAUGAGAAUUUUGUGCGACCGUCUCCACCUGUGAAGGUCAGUUUGUCAGCAUGUAUUUUUUACACUUGAUACUCCUUUUAGCAUAGUGGGAGGUUUUAUCAGUUUAUGAAAUCUCAUUUCUCGAGUGAAAGGUACCUUACUUUGUUUUCAGCUGAGAUCAGUGAUUAGAUUGUCAAAUUUUAUCUCACCAUACUUGCAAAUGAUACUUGGAUCAUCUAACAUACAAUCUAGUCUCUUUUCUAAUAA